AGCAAAAGGUAUCGCUGCUGCCACGCUGUUUAAUCCUCUCCUUAUCGGGCAGCUAUUGCUAGCAUGUAACGGGAGAGUGUGCUCGCUAAGCACACACCCUCGCAAAGUCGCAAUUAAGCAAGCAAGCACACACAUACUCGUCAAUGGCUCUGAUAAGGAUAGCAGCAGCGCUGGUGCUGGUGCUGGUUCUGGCGCUGGCGCUGCAGCUCUCAGCAGCUGCUCCGCCUGAUCGCUGCACCCACGUCUGCGGGCACAUGCGCGUGCCGUACCCGUUCGGCAUCGGGCCGCCGGAUGCAGGCUGCUACCUUCCAGGCCUGAACCUCACCUGCGACACGAGCCGCCGCGGGGCGCCGCGCCUGCUUAUCGGCGCUGGCGCCGGCGCCGUCGGCCUCCAGGUCGUUGACAUCUUCCUCCACAACUCCACGCUGCGCGUCGUGCAAUCCGGCGACGUCGCCAUCGGCGCCAACGGCCGGGGCUUGUUCAACGGCGACCUCAGAGACCACGGGCCCUACAAGCUGCUGUCGAGCGAGAACGAGCUCGUCGUGACGGGGUGCAACGUGAUGGCGACUCUACUGGACAGGAACAGCAGCAUCGUCAUGAGCGCCUGCGCCUCCUUCUGUCAAGAUCUCAACGGGCCUUACGUCACCGCCAUGGAUAUGGGCUCCUGCAAGGAGCCCGUGGUCGGUACCCGCGACGAGGUGGCUGGCUACGUGCAGCUCACGCGGUUCAGCCAGAACGCCACCAUGGACGAGGAGCGACAGCGCACCCAGGUGUUCGUCGCCGAGAAUGGGUGGUUCGAUCGACACCUCAACGCCAGUUUGGCUGGAGCUUCACUUGUAGAAGGGGCCAUGUCGGCAGUUCCCCUUCUUCUCCAAUGGGACGUCGUCGACCUUGAGCUCGGCCGGCCGCCACCCAACGAGUUUGACAAGUGGUUCAGCGGUUGCCCGACGGACUUGGCCCUUAAGAUCUGCAGGAGCGGCAACAGCACAUGCUACCAGAGUGGAGGCUACUCGUGCUCCUGCAGCGAAGGUUACGACGGCAAUCCUUACGUCAACGGCACCGAGGGAUGUCAUGAUAUCGACGAGUGUAAGCGGGCAAAGGACAAUCGGUGCUUUGGAGAAUGCACUAAUACCCUCGGUUCGUUCGAAUGCCGGUGCCCGCCAGGGACCUCUGGCAACCACAGUAUCCCCAAUGGCUGCGUCAAUCUCGACCACGGACACAGAGGUCACUUUGGUUUAAUCAUCGGUCUGUCAGUUGCCAGUUUCCCCACCAUUAUUCUAUCUGUUCUUGGCGCAAUCUUCUUAAACCGUAAGCUCCAGCAUCAGCGGGCGAAGCAAUUGAAACAGAAGUUCUUCAAUCAGAAUCGUGGACAACUAUUGCAGCAAUUGGUAUCUCAUAGGACAGAUAUUGCGGAGAGGAUGAUCAUCCCUUUGGAGGAACUAGAGAAAGCCACAAAUAACUUUGAUCAAGCUCGUAAGAUCGGUGGUGGAGGGCAUGGUAUCGUCUACAAAGGGAUUUUAUCAGACUUGCAUGUCGUGGCAAUAAAGAAGUCAAAGAUUGUGGUUCAGAGAGAAAUUGAUGAGUUCAUAAAUGAGGUUGCCAUACUCUCACAAAUCAACCACAGGAACGUUGUGAAGCUUUAUGGAUGUUGCCUUGAGUCGGAAGUCCCUUUGCUUGCCUAUGAGUUCAUUUCUAACGGAACCCUUAGUGAUCUUCUUCACAAGAAACCACCAAUAUCAAUACUUUGGGAAGACAGGUUAAGGAUUGUAACAGAAAUAGCCAAAGCUCUUGCUUACCUACAUACAGCUGUUUCAAUACCCGUGGUACAUAGAGAUAUCAAGUCUUCCAAUAUACUUCUUGAUGAUGCCUCACUACGGGAAAACACUACGUUGCCGUGCGACCAAUCGCACGGCAAAGGGGCCUAUUUGCACGGCAAAGGAUUUGCCGAGCACAGGCUUGCGCCACGUGGCGCCUUUGCUGUGUGUAUGCACACGGCAAAGUGA